AUGUCGAGAUUCAGAGGAUCCAAAGCCUCCCGCCUGCUUGGCAAACUCCAGACCGAGUCUGAGCCUGGCCUCACCAAUGCCCAGCUCAUGCUCACCAACCAUGACUUGAAACCCGUUGAACCUGAGAGACGCCAAUGGGGUCCAUGGAACUUCGUCGGUUUCUGGGUUGCCGAUUCCUUCAACAUCAACACCUGGAUGAUCGCCUCCUCCAUGAUCACCGGCAGCGGCCUGGCAUGGUGGCAUGCCUGGCUUUGUGUGUGGAUAGGCUAUUUCGUCGCUGCGGUCUUCAUCUGUCUGACAGGUCGGAUUGGUGCUGUUUAUCAUAUUUCCUUCCCCGUGGUUGCCCGCUCUUCCUUUGGAAUCUGGGGUUCUUUGUGGCCUGUUUUUAACCGUGCUGCAAUGGCUUGCAUAUGGUACGGAGUGCAGUCUUACAUUGGAGGUCAGUGCGUGACAUUGAUGAUCAGAUCUAUCUGGCCUUCUUUCAACGACAUCCACAAUGGCAUUCCAAACUCAGGAACCUCAACGCGAGAUUUUGUCGGCUUUUUCCUAUUUUGGCUUGGAUCGCUACCUUUCAUCUAUCCAUCCGUUCACAAAAUUCGCCAUCUGUUCACCGUCAAGGCAUACUUCGUCCCUGCUGCGGGCAUCGCCUUCUUCAUCUGGGCCAUCGUGCGAGCGAAAGGCAUCGGCCCGAUCGUCCGACAACCCGCCGAAGCCUCUGGCUCCAAGCUUGCCUGGGGCUGGAUAUCCGGAAUCAUGGCAUCAAUCUCCAACUUCGCGACCUUGAUCGUCAACGAUCCGGAUUUCAGCCGUUUCGCCCAAAAGCCCAGAGACGCACUGUGGUCGCAGCUGUUCACUAUCCCCAUCGGCUUCGCUGUGACCUCUUUCAUCGGCAUCAUCGUCUCGUCGUCAUCAACCGUCAUCUACGGCACUGCGAUCUGGAACCCUCUCGAUCUCCUGUCGCAAUUCCUCCUCGACGAUGCCAGCAGCGCCGAGCGAUUCGGCGUGUUCGUGAUCGCGACCGCAUUCGUUCUCGCACAACUCGGCACCAACAUCGCCGCCAACAGUGUUUCUGCUGGCACGGAUCUGACCGCUCUCCUGCCGCGAUACCUGAACAUCCGCCGCGGCGGCUAUAUCUGCGCGAUCGUCGGUAUCUGCAUGUGUCCCUGGAAUCUGCUCAGCUCGUCCAACAACUUCACCACCUACCUGUCCGCAUACUCCGUCUUUCUAUCAUCCAUCGCGGGCGUGCUGAUCUGCGACUACUAUGCCGUGCGCAAGGGCUAUCUGGACCUGAAGGGCCUGUACUCGGCGCAAAAGUCCAGCCCUUACUUCUACUGGUUCGGCUGGUCCUGGAGAGGCUACACCGCUUACAUCUGCGGCAUCUUGAUCAACAUUGUUGGCUUCGUCGACGCGAUCGGCACCAACGGAAGGAUGCCCAUGGGCGCAGUAUAUCUUUACCGCUUCAACUUCUUCACAGGCUUCAUUGUUUCCAGCUCGGUGUACUAUCUUCUCUGCCGCGUGAGACCCGUCCCUGCCACGAGCCGCGUCUGGUGCGAGAAGCCCGACGAGGCCGACCGCCAGUUCUCCGUCGUUUACACCGAGGGCGAACCAUAUGACGAGGAGCGCUCCGGUGGAAUCGGUCGUGGCAGCCCCCCCGCCGCCCGUUACGGUGCCGGUGGCGAGGAGAAGACGGCGGCGUAUCUUGACAAGACGCAGGAGUCGAGAUAUUAA